AUGGUUUGGGACAAUGUCUGCAUAGAGACUGAGGAAGGGAUUAAGCACUGCAAAUUGAUUGCUGUGCAUGCUGGUUUGGAGAAAGGUAAAGGAGUAGAAGAGCAGCUGAAAUUUCUGAAAGCGAAGGACACGAGGAUUCCUAAAGUGGAAGCUCUUAGCGGAAGGAAAUCAGUAUGGGACAUUCCAGAGGAAUUGACUAAAAGUCCAACUAUUGUAGUAAGUGGUCACCAUGCAAAGCUUCACAUUGAAGGCCUUAGGUUGAUCAUUGAUCAAGGAGGUGGACUAGAAGAAAAUCCGGUAGCUGCAGUUGUGCUACCAUCAAUGAAGAUUGGUCGUGAUACUGAUGAUUUGGCAUUGGUAAGAAUAAUAGAGUAG